UCAGUGGACGAAAGGCACGUUGCCGAUUUGAAAAGUUUAACGUGACAGCGAGGCUUGGGUUUCGUGUGUACCUGUUCGCACUCGCGUCAAUUUAAGAUGGAAUCUCAACCGGGUUGUUCUCAUCCUACCGAGGUCCGCGCGGCCAAAGAUAGAGCGAUUUUUGACGACGUCAGGGUCAUUAGCAAUUUGCUCAACGACGAGGUGUUUUUUGUGCCGAACUGUGAUUAUUUUACUCAAAUUCAGAUCGACGUCCAGCCGUUCAUGAGAAAGGUAGUCACCACUUGGAUGCUGGAGGUUUGCGAGGAACAAAUGUGCGAAGAUUGCGUUUUUCCGCUCGCGGUCAAUCUGCUGGAUCGAUUCCUGUGCGUAUGCAGGAUAAAACGUCAGCAGCUUCAGCUGUUGGGGGCCACCUGCCUGCUAGUCGCGUCCAAGCUGCGCAGCACUAACGCUUUGCCGAUCGAAUUGCUAUGCGCUUACACCGAUUACAGUGUCACCUACGAUAACAUCCAGAGCUGGGAGCUCCUAUUGCUGUCCAAGCUGCAGUACAACCUGUCGGCUGUCACCGGGUUCGAUUACAUCGACCAAGUUAUCGAGAGGUGCUCGUGGGGCGACCAGAGCAACCUCCUCCGCCGCCAUUCGCACACCCUGGUGUCGAUAUGUUACACAGAGCCGAGUUUGAUUCAAACGCCGCCAUCGGUGAUUGCAGCAGCUUGUAUAAAUUCCGCCGUCAGAGGCCUAAAGCUGUCGUGUCAAUCGGAUGCAGUGCAGGACGUAUGCCGUAUGUUGAACGUCAACGUCGAAACUUUAGAGUACCUGGUGAGCGUGGUAGACCGUUUGGUCGAAAAAGUUGUGCCACCGGCCCCGACGAAGGGCGAGCCAUCCAAAACUGUCUCCGGUUACGAGAGCCCCAAGUACGGGCAGCCCGAGACUCCCACCGAAGUGGAGAAUAUUUAUUUCUGAGGUUGGACAACUUGAAAUCCGUAAAUUUCGGUUGCCUUUUUUUUUUGUUGGCGUUGAAAAUGUUCAUAUUUCUGUUAUCUCAUGUAAAUAAUUCUAGACAAAAUCUAGUUAGCUAUAGUUAUUUAAGAUUGCCACAUUCCGAAUGUCUGGAAGUCACGUUAUUAUUGAUCUCCCAGAACUAUCUAUAUAUUUCUAAACAGCCGAAGCGCGCCCGUCUGGAGUGCCUUACCAAAUUUUUGAUCUCAGCGCAACGCGUGUUCGCUCGGCUUUUUAAGCAGUCGUAUAGGUGUAAGAGAAAGAGAGUGUACCGUUCUGUGAUUUUUUAAGUUAUGGUCUGAGGAAAAAAGAACCACUCGAAAUUAUUGUUUGUUUUAAGAAAAUUUUGAAUUUUGGAAGUCGUGUCAAAAAAGUACUUUGGAAAAUUUACCUUUAGGUUGCUGUUUGUUGGUUUGUUAUCUAGUCCUAAUUUUAUGGUUUGUAUAUGAGAUGAUUUAGUGUUUCCUUGGCGCGUGUCGGGGAGGUUAUGCAACCCCGGAUGCAUCGAAAGUAAAAGACCAAAGUUUUUAAGACAGUAUUUAUUUUUUUUUAGU